UUAUAUUCACGUAAUCCACUCAUGCAGAAACCAGCAAUGGCGUCGUUAAUCCGACAACUUAACUUCACAUCUGCUUCAAUAUCCAUACCACCUCCCAGCAUCAAGAAAUCCCGAAAGACCAUUACCAAAAUCUCACAAAACCCCACUACCUUACAAGAAUCCCUUUUAUCAUUCACUAAAAGAUUGGAUUUCAGCAUCCCAACAACCAAACCUUUGGAUGACGCUUAUGCGUUAGUCCUUGAUCAUGGCGCUACCCAAAAAUCCCUAUCAAUUGGCAAGCAAAUCCAUGCUCAUAUAUCAAAGCGCAACAAUGUCUACGAUUUGGUAUUCUUGGGCACUAAGCUCGUGUUCAUGUAUGCAAAAUGCGGGUCCUUGUUGGAUGCUGAAGACCUGUUCGACGAAAUGCUUGAGAGAAGUGUUUUCACCUAUAAUGCCAUGUUUGGUGCUUAUGUUACUAAUGGGGAUCCUAGUAAAGCUAUUGAAUUGUACGCGUAUAUGCGGCUCUCGGGUGUUCCAGCUGACGCCCAUACUUGUAGUUGCGUGUUAAAGGCGUGUUCUGGAGUUGGAGAUAUAUAUUGUGGGAGAGAGAUUCAUGGAUACGCCGUAAAGUGUGGGCUUGUUUGUAACGACAUUGUUGUGAAUUCACUCGUGAGUGUCUAUGCCAGGUGCAAUGAUUUAAAUGCGGCCGAGUUGUUGUUCAAUAGGAGCGGAAGCGGAGAUGUUGUAUUGUGGAAUUUGAUGAUUUCUGCUUAUGCUGCCAAUGGGAUGGGUAAAGAGGCAUUGAGAGUUUUCAGAGAGAUGCAGAAUGCUGCUGUUACCCCCACCACGUAUACUUUCGUUGCUGCUCUUCAGGCCUGCAAUGAGCUAUUGUCUGGUGUCCAAAUUCAUGCCUUUGUGUUAAAAUCUGGUCUUUCGUUUGAUAGAUAUGUUGCAAAUGCUUUAGUUGUUAUGUACUCAAAGUGCAGUAGAAUAAAUGAAGCUGCAAGAAUUUUUAUCGAUAUUGGAGACAGAGAUAAUGUUUCUUGGAAUUCAAUGUUGGCUGCGUAUGUGCAAAAUGGUCUUUAUGAUAAAUCACUCGAUUUAUUUCGUGAGAUAAUCAGAGCUGGUCAGCAACCUGACCAAGUCUCGAUUAUUAGUGUUCUUUCGGCCUGUGGAAGAUCAGGAAACCUGUUGAACGGAAUGGAAAUUCAUGCCUUUGCUUUGAAAAAUGAGAUGGAAUUGGAUCUUCAAGUGGGAAACACAAUCGUAGACAUGUAUGCGAAGUGUUCUAAGACAUGUUUCAUGGACUCUGCUUUCCGAAGGAUUCCCCUCAAAGAUUACAUUUCCUGGACUACAGUCAUUGCUGGCUAUGUUCAGAACUAUUGUCACACGAAGGCUUUGCAAUCAUUUAGGGAUGCGCUGGUGGAAGGGAUUGAUAUUGACAAAAUGAUGAUUGAAAGUCUUCUCCUGGCUUGCCGUACGUUGAUAUGCAUUUCAAUAGUGAAAGAGAUCCAUGGUUACAUUACGAGAAGAGAAUUAUCUGAUAUUAUCCUGCAGAACACUGUUGUGGAUGUAUAUGGAGAGUGUGGAGAAGUGGAUUACGCAAGAAAUUUCUUCAAACUAAUUGAAGUAAAAAAUGUUGUAUCCUGGACAACCAUGGUCGCUUGUUAUGUCCACAAUGGACUUGCAGAUGAGGCUCUUGAGCUUUCUUAUCACAUGGUGAAUGCAGGUAUUGAGUUGGAUUCUAUUGCAAUCUUGAGUAUUCUCUCAGCUGCGGCUAAUUUAUCAGCACUGAGAAAAGGCAAAGAGAUUCAUGCCUUCGUGGUUAGGAGGUCCCUCCAUCUAGGGGAUUCUAUAGCAAGCUCACUUGUCGAUAUGUACGCGAGCUGUGGUACAGUAGAAAAGUCAUAUAAGGUAUUCAACUCUAUGAAGGAUAAAGACUUAGUUUUAUGGACGAGCAUGAUUAAUGCAUAUGGAAUGCAUGGCCAGGGUGUGAAAGCUAUUGAAUUAUUUAGAAAGAUGGAGUCCGAGAAUCUUCUCCCUGAUCACAUUACCUUUCUGGCACUUCUCUUUGCAUGCAGUCAUUCUUCGUUGGUGGAUGAUGGCAAAACGAUUUUUAACGCAAUGCAAUUUCAAUAUGACAUGGAACCAUGGCCCGAACACUAUGCUUGUUUGGUCGAUCUUCUUGGCCGUGCAAAUUGUUUAGAAGAAGCAUUUGAACUUGUCAAAAGCAUGAAAACGGAGCCCACAAGUGCCGUUUGGUGCGCUCUCCUCGGUGCUUGCAGAACUCAUCGUAACAUGGAAAUAGGAGAAAUAGCAGCAAGGAAUCUUCUCGAAAUUGAUCCAGAGAAUCCAGGAAAUUACGUGCUUAUAUCUAAUAUGUAUGCUGCAGCAGAGAGAUGGGAAGAUGUGGAACAAUUGAGAAUGAGAAUGAAAAUCAAGAAGCUGAAAAAGGACCCUGGUUGUAGCUGGAUCGAGGUCAAAAACAAGGUUCACACUUUUAUCACGAGGGACAGGUCUCAUCCCGAGUCUGACGAAAUUUAUGAGAAACUUUCACAGAUAACUGAGAAAUUAGAGAGUGGCGGAGGUUAUAAACCGGAAACUAGUUAUGUGUUGCAUAAUGUGGAGGAGAGAGAGAAAGUGAAGAUGCUUCAUGGCCACAGUGAGAGGCUUGCUUUAGCCUAUGGUCUGCUUACUACUCCACACAGAACUCCAAUCCGAGUCACGAAGAACCUACGAGUGUGCGGCGAUUGCCACACUUUUACGAAACUCCUGUCGAAGUUUUACGAACGAGAAAUAGUUGUGAGAGAUGCCAACAGAUUUCAUCAUUUUAGAGAUGGCGUUUGUUCCUGUGGGGAUUUCUGGUGAUUUUGGUGAACUCUAUAAGUCAUUGAUGCACAGAAUAUUCUUGCAUUCUUUGCUCGUGAUAUCGCAUGAUGAGUGAGGGGGGAACUGAAGUGCAUUCAUAUACCAUAAUACGGUUUAUUAUGUGCUACGUGGUAUAUCAUCACCACACAUUCGCACACACACACAAACACACAAGACUAUAAUUGCAUGUGUCAAUGAACAGUAUAUUUUAGGAAAUUACACGUGUAAUUGGUCAUUGAUAUAAAAGUUGAAAGUUCGAAAAUCAGAGGUAAUGAAAUUAGCAUUAUAGUAGAGGUGGCGUACAGAGGUCCUUAUCCGGCCGACCGUCUUGUCCUACAAUUUAAAGGAAAGUUUGCGUUUAUAGUGUACGACACCACUUUGAAGUCUAUAUUUGCCGCUCGAGGAUGGUGAUGCAAGUGUAGCUUUCUUCUGCGGAGCCGAUUCCAACAAUUUAUCCUGUUCUCUCCGAUGAUGAAGACAUUGUAGAGAAGGCAGGUGGGGAAAUCUUAUGCAGAAUUUCCUAAAGGUACAUUGUAAAGAAUCAUGGUUUAAAUUGUUUGUGCCAUUGCAGAAAAUGUGAAUUUCUUUAAUUUCUUAGUAACAAUAUCAGUUUGCCUUUAAUUUAUAGAAUAUCGCAUGUUUUUUACU